AUGUCGUCUUAUACAAACUUUCCAACAGGUAAGGAUGAGCAAAUCAGUAUGUUCCUCGCGCAGCGAGAGAAUAUGUUCCACGCGCUUAUGGGAUGGCACAACGAGCUCCUACAGAAUCCCUACAGCCGCGCAAAUGUCGCUUCUCAGUUGGAGCACUUCCAGAACGAUUUUCCCCAUUUGUCUGCCCUGGUACGAGUCAUUCGAGUGAGUCGGGGGCCCGUACCGGAAGACGAGCGAUUGGGAUGGGAAACUUGCUGGAAUGACAAGGUUCGGUGCAUCCAGCAUUAUCUUGACAUUUGCAUUAAAUACAUGCGAGACCUAGAGAAGGGGUGGGGGACCGGGAACUUGGCAAUCUUCGUGUCGAUGAUUGCCGUGAGUAUUGGACGGCUUCAUUAUGAGAAGGGAUUCGAUGAAUUUACGACCAAAAUGUUCCAGCUAGCAGCCAGUAUGAGUCACCAUGAAUACUCUAGUGGUUUGUGGAGCGUCUGGACGGAAAUGGUCAAAAUUGUUCAUCGCGGUUGCGACUACUGCCUGGAUUAG